AUGACGGUCCAUAUCAUCGAUUCGGUCGACCAGUUCAAGCAGACAAUCGCGAAGAAUCACGUCGUCCUUCUCGACGCCUUCGCCACAUGGUGCGGUCCUUGCAAGGCGAUUGCGCCCCAAGUCGCUCGAUGGGCCCAGGACCCCGAGUACAAGGGCAAGACCUACUUUGCCAAGUUCGACGUCGACGCCGUUCCCGAUCUCGCGGAGAAGCUCGGCAUCCGCGCCAUGCCCACCUUCGUUGUCUUUAAGGACGGCGAGAAGGUCGAUGAGUUUCUCGGCGCCAACCCGCCGGCUCUGCUCAACCUGCUUAAGAAGUACAACCCGGAAAAGGGCGAGAAUAUGGACGCCGCCGAGGCCGCCUUGGCCGCCGAUAAGGCCGAGUCCUCCGACAAAGCCGACUCCCCCGCCACGGCUGAGUCCUCGACGAAGAAUGAGUAG